CACUUUGUUGUGUAAACCUUCUUUUGCGUGAAGGAGACACCGCACUCUCAAGAGUGCAGUCAAACGCCCCCGAGCUGCACAAGCAAGGGCAGCUGAAAGCAGUGUUUUCUUUCCGUCUUCUGCGAUACUAACUGAAGAGCGCGGUAUGCGGGUCUGUGUAAACAGUGAGGUCUUUUCAGCCAGAUGCAUCCAGAUGGAUUGGGAGCACCACGGCAGAGUUUCAGCUUAACUUCAGCUCUUCCCAGUUCUGAUGUCAGCCUAAGUGGAGAAGUUACAUUUUAACUUACUCAAUGUGCGAAUCGCCCUUUGGUGGAAGGCAGGGGAAUUCAACCACAUCUCAGACAUCAGAGAAAAUGUAACCACCACCAGAAUCUCACGCAUUGCAUUGACUUUGACAACAGCUAAAUCACUUAUUGUAUAAUCUCACAGAGGACAACACCAUGGGCAGUGGAAGCAGCAGAGAGAAAAAGAUUUCAUCUGGAUUACAAAAAGAAGAUCAUAUGUACAUAAAUAAUAAAGAAAGGAAUGGAGGUGACUGUGAUCCCAAAGAGGAAAAGCGCUUGUAUAAAUCCUACAAGAUUCAGCAACUUUCCGACUUCAGCAAGUCUAGCAACAGGACUGGCCUGGGCUGCCACAGCGAAGGACACGACUCUGAUUUUUCAAUCGACGACGAUGAAGAUGACAUAGAAGGGGAACUAGAUAGAGUUUUGGCAGAAUACGAAAGUCGUGAUUUUUACUCGAGCAGAAAACAUCAAAAUAACUCCUUUCUCAGAUCAAACACCUACAGUUUUUGUAAUUCAAGACAGGUGUACAAGGAAUCUGACUUUAAUUCGACGCCUUAUAUUCAGAAAGUGGACCAGAUGAGAACUAACAAACAGACUGCCUUUGGGCUCUUUGGCUCAAAGGACGUACAACACUACGACCGCGUCCAGAUGUGUGAAGGCACGGUGGUCAGUCCUUCGGAAAACAACAUACCGGUAUUUAACAACAGAGACACCUGCAGCCAAAACAUGCAGAGAAAUGACUCCCAGAAGCAGGGAAAGACCCAAGAUUUGAAGAACAACAAUUUGGCAGACAUAUUGCACAGCAGCAGUAAGAAUCCAGCCCCAGUUCUCUAUGACGGCUUUGAAGAGGAACUCAUGUCCAGCAUAGAACGAGAGUACAGCUGAUAAGCAGAUGAAGUCAACAUAUCAACACAAAGGCACUUUACAUUGCAUUUGUUCAAAGAGGUGGUGAACUGAUUCAAGAAAUAACUAAAUACAGAAUCUGUUUAAUGUGUCAAACAUGUGAUGUUUUGUGUAGGAAAGGCAAGACUCCUUUGGUAAUUUGUAAUGACAGAAUUCUUGACAUAGGGCAGGUGUAUGACAGCACUGAUUCCUGAAAGGUAUUGACAUUGUUCUGAAGUGAGUUGUGAUUAUCACUUCUAUUCCUUUAUUGACUGUUCCUCAUGAAAUCAGAAAUGUGUGCAGUCUUGGAUACAGAAGCACCUGCCAACCAAGCGCCUGUUGUAAAGAAGGAUCAGAUCUGCUGCCUUGCCAGUCAACAAUGAAACUGAUGUGCAACAGGGAUAUGCAGCUUUUAUAAUAUGUAUAUAUCUAUAACAUAAUAUGCCAGGGAUGACAUUUGCAUAACAAAUUCAUUAAUAUUUGUCCAUAUUGACUGCAUGGAAAAUAUUAAUUCCAUGGUCUGAAAACUGAGCGAGAACCAUUUUAUUAUGUGCCUCAAUCCAUUGAUAUCACAGCACACAAAUUAAACAUAAUGUCGAAACUGAGGGAGAGAAUGUUUUUCUAACUCUGCACUCUGGCGUUUGAGUUAUUUGAGCCUCUUUCAGUAUGCUUCAUUUCCUGACUUCGCCCAAAAUAUCUUAAUUGUGCUAUGCUAGCCUGAGAAGGCACGCCACUCCACAAAGCCUGAAUUAUUCAGCUGGAGUUGUGGAGGGAAAUCCCAGACGACUCAAAUGUCGACCAAGCUGCUGUGUCUGUGUACCUCAUUGGCGCCACCUUCUGUAUUUUAAAAUGAAGUACAACCAUUUAGAUUUCAUUGUAUCUAUUUGCAGGAAAGCGACAGCUGGUUUAUUUCCUAUUGAUUAAUAAAACAAGUUAUUCAUAAAAAUAUUAUUCAUUAAACAUUUUUUCAAUUUGUAACCAAUUUAUCAAAUGUACUUCUUACAAAAAUACAUCCCGCUGAUAUAAGUAUGUAAUUUAAAGUUUUGUAAUCUUUUUUUGAAGCACCAUGUCCACUCGUUGUUGUUAGCAUGGUUGGAAACGGUUUAGUUUAAGUGUCAGUUAUGUUAUUACUAAUAUCAGGAGACUGGUGCAACGAAGUGUUUUAAAACAUGAACACUGUUGUCUCUGGGGGUUGUAUAUAAUUGCAUUUUUUAAAACCAGUUUCAUGAGCUCUGAGGUAGGAAUCUCAUUGGGCUUGAAAAUGUGAUAAAUGAGAAAUCAUAAACAAAAAAGUCAGGGCUAACUGCUUUAUUGCAAGACCUUCCAUUAAAUGUGUCAAACCUUUAAAAGGAUGUUUAGAAAUGCUUUCUUAUGCAUCCCUAAAGUAAAAUGCAGCCUAAUGUAAUUAUUUUAUAGUUUCAAUAAGAUCUAUUUAGAGUACCCUGCAUUGUUAACAUCAGAUGUCCACAAAACGACAAAAACUUUCUGUGAAAGUUUGCAUUCACUCAUUUUUUUAAAUAGAAAUCCCAAUUGAUUCAGAUAUGCAAGACAUCCUAUGCAAGACAUCCUUCUCUUAACAAAUAUUUUGUGUCUGCUGUUUUCACUGGGCUUUAUUAUGCGUAAUCUAGUUUAUAAAACAUGUAUUCAGUGUGAUGAUGCGCUAUGUAGAAAUGUCAAUAAAAAUUCUGCA